UGGUUAUUGAUUUGAAAACCGCAUGCUUUUGUAUCAUUGUCACCUCCAAUUGACUUCGGAGGUUCCAAAACCACUAGCAACCACCUCCGUCCACGCCACCGCCCAAUCUCCAGCUGUGCUCCCAUGGCUACGGACACCGGCUUUGGAUUCGGGUUUCUUGUUAAGCAACCUUACCACCCUCCUUCUUGGGCCUCUCAUCUUUCCCCCCUUCCCUCUUACACUUUCUCGCUUGCCCAUCUUCCUACUCCAAUUCAUAAGUGGAACCUCCCUAAUUUACCCAACAAAACUGAAGUUUGGUUGAAGCGUGAUGAUCUCUCAGGUAUGCAGCUGAGUGGUAACAAGGUGAGAAAACUGGAGUUCUUGAUGGCAGACGCAGUGGCGCAGGGUGCAGAUUCUAUUAUAACAAUUGGUGGCAUCCAGAGUAACCACUGUCGUGCAACCGCUGUUGCUGCUAAGUAUCUGAAUCUUGACUGUUUUCUUAUACUACGCACCUCCAAGGCUCUAUUGGACAAGGAUCCGGGAUUAACUGGUAAUCUGUUGGUUGAACGCUUAGUUGGAGCUCAUGUUGAACUUGUAUCAAAAGAAGAAUAUGCAAAAAUUGGAAGUGUGGCUUUGACAAAUGUGCUGAAAGAAAGGCUGAUAAGUGAAGGAAGAAAACCAUAUGUUAUUCCCGUUGGUGGUUCAAACGCUCUGGGAACUUGGGGUUAUAUCGAGGCGAUCAGGGAAAUAGAGAAACAGCUUCAUACUGUUGCAGACUCGCAGAGAUUUGAUGACAUUGUUGUAGCAUGUGGCAGUGGGGGUACGAUUGCUGGUCUAUCAUUGGGAUCAUGGCUGAGUAAUUUGAAGGCGAAAGUUCAAGCAUUUUCAGUUUGUGAUGAUCCAGAUUACUUCUAUAACUAUGUUCAAGGCCUUCUUGAUGGACUUAAGGCUGGCAUUAGCUCUCGUGACAUUAUGAACAUUUAUAAUGCCAAAGGUCUGGGUUAUGCAAUCAACACACAAGAGGAGCUUAACUUUGUGAAGGACAUUGCUGCUACCACUGGUGUUGUUCUUGAUCCAGUCUACAGUGGAAAAGCUGCUUUCGGGUUGAUGAAAGAUAUGACUGAAAAUCCUAAAAAGUGGGAAGGCAGAAGGAUCCUUUUUAUACACACAGGAGGCCUACUUGGUCUCUAUGAUAAGGCUAACGAUUUGGCAACAGUGGUUGGCAAUUGGAAGCAAAUGGAGCUCCAUGAGUCUCUACCCCGCCAAGAUGGUCUUGGAAAAAUGUUUUGAACUAAAUACUUUCCAUUCUACUUCGUAGGAUAAUGCUUGAGUUCUCUAUAUUUUUUUUUUGGAGAUCAGAAUUCUAUUGUAUUUGACAAACUCCUAAGCAAUAUACAUCUAGAGUUGUAUCUCUAUUAUAUAAGUGAAGAGGGGAGUGGCAUUUUGGUAA